AUGGUUCUUGUCAACGUCAACCGCGAAGUUAGCGAUAACUUCUAUCGCUACAAGAUGGAGAAACUCAUCACCAAGGUUGAAGGAAAAGGAAACGGUAUCAAGACCGUCAUUGUCAACCUCGUCAACGUCGCCAAGGCCCUCAGCCGUGACCCCAACUACGUCAUCAAGUACUUUGCCUUUGAGCUUGGAGCUCAGACCAACACCGACCCCAAGGACGACCGUUGGAUCAUCAACGGUGCCCACGAGGCCGCCAAGCUCCAGGAUCUUCUUGAUGGCUUCAUCAAGAAGUUUGUUCUCUGCCGAGGCUGCAGCAACCCCGAGACUGUCGUCAUAAUCAAAGACCCUCGCAUCAUUCUCGACUGCAAGGCCUGUGGUCACCGCACUGAUGUCGAUAUUCGUCUCAAGCUCUCCGGCUUCAUUAUCAAGCACGAGAGCAAGAAGGGCAAGGGUAACAAGGCAGACAAGAAGGCUGCUCGUCGUGCCAAGAAGGAGGCCGCGCAGAAUGGCAAUGGCUCUGCCGACGAGGGCUCCGACCACUCCGGCGAGAACGGCACCAACGGCGCCAACGGCCAUGAUGCUAGCGAUGACGAGUUUGAUCGCGUUGCUCCCGCUAUUGACAGCGACAACGAGGUUAGAGACGAUGAGUGGGCUGUCGACAUGAGCGAGGAAGCCGUCAAGGCUCGCCAGUCUCAGCUCCCUGACGAGUUCAAGGGCAAGCUCAACAUUGACGAUGACGAAGCCGGUGGUGAGAGCGUCUACGACGAGCUUGGCCAGUGGAUCCAGGCUCAAGCCAAGGAGAAGGAUGGCAUCGACAACGUUGACUCCAUCCAGGUGUACGUCAAGGCCAAGGAGCUAGGCAUUGAGGGCAAGCACAAGACUAUUCAGGUCCUCGUUCAGACCCUCUUUGACAAGAACAUUACUGCCCAGAUCCCCAAGCGUGCCGCAAUGAUCAAGCAGAUUGGCACUUCCGAGAAGCAUGAGAAGGCUCUCCUUGGUGGUACAGAGCGUCUCCUGGGUUUUCUUGCCGAGGAGAACCCCGACGUCUAUCCGCAGAUUGUAAAGAUUCUGCAGCUGUACUACCACAAUGACCUCAUUACUGAAGAAGUUGUUCUGCCCUGGGGCAAGAAGGCCAGCAAGAAGUACGCCGAUCUCGCUGUCAGCAAGAAGGUCCGCAAGGCUGCUGAGCCUUUCCUUAAGUGGCUUGAGGAGGCUGAGGAGGAGGAAUCUUCCGAGGAGGACGAGUAA